CGGUAACACUGGCCCAGAUAUGGUGUGGCGGGGCGGACCGGGCUAAGCCUAACACAGCGAGGGGAUGUCGGACGGGGAGGAGGAGGAGGCGGUGGUGGAGGCGGUGGUGUCCAAGGCGAGACAGCCUCCUCCGAGAGAGACCUGGGACAAGAAGGUCGAGUUCCUCCUCGCAGUUGUCGGCUUCGCAGUCGACCUCGGCAACGUCUGGCGCUUCCCCUACAUCUGCUACCAGAAUGGCGGAGGAGCGUUCCUCAUCCCCUACUGCAUGAUGUUGGUGUUCGGAGGACUUCCCCUGUUCUACAUGGAGCUCGCCCUCGGCCAGUUUCAUCGCUGCGGCUGUCUCACCAUCUGGAAGCGGAUCUGCCCCGCUCUCAAAGGUCCGUGUAGGGUAUGCCAUAUGUCUCCUAGACGUGUACAUGGGCAUGUACUACAACACCAUCAUAGGCUGGGCAGUCUACUACCUCUUCGCCUCUUUCCGUUCCGAGUUACCUUGGACUAGCUGCGACAAUCCCUGGAACACUCUCAACUGCACCCCCGUCUUUGACCUUACUCCAAACGACACCUCCUCAACCAGUCCUGCCAAGGAGUUUUUCGAACGCAGUGUACUAGAACAACAAAGAUCGGAUGGUCUCAACAGGAUAGGUCCUAUCAAGUGGUCCUUAGCUCUGUGUGUAAUGGCUGUAUUUAUACUUGUAUACUUCUCGCUGUG